AUGACCACAAGCACUGGUGAGGCCCCAGACGACACGCCCACCACAAGCAUCGUCAUCUUGAGCCCUGGUGGAACAGAGCACCCAGCUUUCGUACAGACCACAACCCGGCCGUACAAUCACCGGCCAUAUGACUAUUCUGGCUAUGGAGCCUCUGCUGGUAAGCCUAGUGAAUCCAAUACAUAUGCUGAUAUCGAAGCAGUCUAUGAGUGCCUUGAGACCGAGUAUGGAGUUAGCCAGGAAGACUUGAUCUUGUAUGGGCAGUCAGUUGGAAGUGGGCCAACAUUGCACUUGGCAGCUAAACUGCCAAGGCUCAGAGGCAUAGUUCUACACAGUGCGAUUCUUUCAGGUCUUCGUGUGCUCUGUCAUGUCAAGUUCACAUUUUGUUUUGACAUUUAUAAGAACAUCAACAAAAUUAAGAAGGUGAAGUGUCCUGUGCUUGUGAUACAUGGGACAGAAGAUGAUAUUGUCAACGUGUUGCAUGGCAAUGGACUGUGGAAAAUGGCAAGGGAAUCAUACGACCCUUUGUGGAUUAAAGGAGGUGGGCACUGCAACUUGGAGCUUUACCCAGAUUACAUCCGCCAUCUUCGCAGAUUUAUCCAAGAGAUGGAGAAUAUAGCCACAGAAAUCCGCCUUAAGAAGAUUCGGCAGAGCCAGUUUCUUCUACAAACAAGGUCCACAGUUACUGCUAACAGGUGCUGUAGAAUCAAAGUCCGGCAACCAAAAUGGCCUCAUUGUUCAAGACCAAGCUGCAUAAAGUGUUCAUGGCGGCCCAGAUGCCUAGAAUGUUGGAAGCCUAGCUGCAGCAGAGAAUGUUGGAGACCUAGGUGUGGAGAAUGUCCUAGCUGUCCUGAAUGUUGGAGACUGAGGUGCAAUAGAUGUUGUUGGAGACCAAAAUGGCCAAAAUGUUUGAGACUAGGCUGCUGCAUGAAAUGUUUUCGGUGGCUAUGUUGUGUGGGAACACACAGUGUGGGCUAAGACCGAACGAGGAGGAUGGCUAAUGGGGAUUAUGUGCUUGUAUAUUACCGUAACUUUAUAAGAGCAUACUCGUUGACUUGGUUAAAUGAGAAGAUUAGCUAAAAUUUAUAUAAUUUGUAUCAAAAAAA